AUGACCUUCAACAUAGAUAAAGAGCUUAUAACGUUGCCUAUCCAUCAAAAUACUAUCAAAGAAUAUAAUGAACAGUUAAGGUAUCCACCUUCUAUGUUUAAUAACAAUUACAACAUCGAUUUUAAAACUCAAACUAAACAGCUUUUGGAGACAUAUAUAGAUUGUUACAUUGCUGGGAUUGUCGAUUUAGCUAAUUCUACAUCCAAAAUAAAUAAACUGGGAGGAAAUUAUAUAAAAUAUCUACAUAUUCAAUACGCUAAUAAUACAGUCCUAAAGAAUAAGCUAGAACAGUUUAAAACAGAUUACAAAAACAUAUCAAAAGAUAUAAGUACUGAUAAUCUUACUCUAGAUUAUAUAGUUAAUGAUGAAAACUACUACUUUAGCCAACUUUUAAAUAAUAUUGUGAGCACAGAAGGCAGUUCCACUUCAACCGACACUGAUUUCAAUAAUUAUUGUAAAAAUUUAAAUGAUCCAUUAUUAAAGGUGUUUAAAUGUCUACCAUUACUACUAAAAGACCCAAUGUGUGUUUUACCAGAUGACGAGGAAAACAAUAUCAACAACAAUGAUGACGAUGAUGUGAAGGUUGCUGGCGGUACUAUUGAAUUAACUUGUCCAAUCACUUGUAGACCUUAUGCUUAUCCAAUGAUUAGCAGAAAGUGCAAUCAUGUCUUUGAUAAAGAUGGUUUAACCAAUUACUUCCAAAGUAAUGAGGAUGGAAAUCAAAUCAAAUGUCCUCAAGGAGCAUGCAAAGCUUAUUUAACCAUGAGUGAUUUUAUUAAGGAUGAUAUUAUGGAUCUAAGAUGCAAAAUCUAUAAGAAUAUCUCGAAGAAGAACAAACUCAAUAAGAACAAUGACAAUAUAAACGAUGUUAUUUUGUAG